AUUUCAUAAACUUUCAAUCAACAAUUAUGAACCUUCUUGUAGUCAGCACCAUCUUCAUCGUGCUGGGGCUGGGGCCCCUCGUCGACAGCACCGGGGUGGCUGGGUUCCGGGGGCUCCCGGAGGACGAGACCUCGUGUCUCUCGGUGGUGAAGGCCGCUCUGGCCGAAUACCGGGUACUCUACGAGCAGGGACUUAAAGAUUCCCCAAAUCUGAUCGAUGUUCCGCAGAAAGCAGUACCAACAGAAGAACAUAAGGAGAUUAUGCCAGCCAAUAUAACGAAUGGAGGUUUAGUUAUAGAGAAGAAAGAACAACUUUCUCCACAGGAAAGCACUAUUGUGACAUCUGUGGAAAGGAAGAAUGUUACAGAGAAGGAUGAUGGACUUCAGAAAGUAGAACGAACAGAGGAAAUAAAGGAGAUUAUGCCCGGCAAUAUAACGAAUGAAGUGUUAGUAAAACAGAAAGAAGAACAACUUUCUCCACAGGAAAGCACUAUUGUGACAUCUGUGGAAAGGAAGAAUGUUACAGAGAAGGAUGAUGGACUUCAGAACGUAGAACGAACAGAGGAAAUAAAGGAGAUUAUGACCGGCAAUAUAACGAAUGAAGUGUUAGUAAAACAGAAAGAAGAACAACUUUCUCCACAGGAAAGCACCAAGGUGACAUCUGUGGAAAGGAAGAAUGUUACAGAAAAGGGUGAUGGAAAAGAUGUCGAGAAAGAAACUGUAAUUCAAAAAGAAGUCGAAAAGAAUGUGUGUGAUAGCGACAUCAAAGAGGUUCGUAACGAAAAACAUCUGAAUGAAACAAUUGAAGACUUGAAACACCAAGUUGAUGACGUGAAAAACAAGAUUAAGGAAGAAAAAGCAAAGGCUGAAGAAACAAAUGCUACGCGUAGCCCAUGCGUCGUAAAAGAACCAAGUGCUGCCCCUGUCAUUCAAGAUGGUAAAGUCGUUGAAAAGAUAGUCCCUGCUGUGACGCCGGCGAAGGUUGCUGAAAAGAUCCAUCCCACGAUGACGGAAGGAAAAGUCCCCGUUGUGACAAAAGAGAAGGUUGUUGAGCAGGCUGCCCCUUCGGUGACAGAGGAGAUCGUAAGCAUCUCUAAGGAGCAAGAAAAUGUCCCUGUUAUGGCAGAAGAGAAGAAGGUUAUUGAAAAGAUUAUCCCCUCGGUGACAGAAGGAAAAGUCCCGGUAGUCCCUCAACAGGAGGUUGUUGAAAAAGUUGCCCCAUCGCCGACAGAAGAAAAAGUUCCUGUUGUGACUCAAGAAAGGGCUGUUGAGCAGAAUGCCCCACAAGAAAGGGUUAUUGAACAGGCUGCCCCACAAGAAAGGGUUAUUGAACAGGCUGCCCCACAAGAAAGGGCUGUUGAACAGGCUGCCCCACAAGAAAGGGUUAUUGAACAGGCUGCCCCACAAGAAAGGGUUAUUGAACAGGCUGCCCCACAAGAAAGGGUUAUUGAACAGGCUGCCCCACAAGAAAGGGUUAUUGAACAGGCUGCCCCUACAGCCACAGAAGAGAUUGUCACUGUUUCUAAAGAGAAAGAAGAAGUCCCUGUUGUAACAGAGGAAAAGGUUCCCGUUGUGACAAAUCAGACAGUUGUUGAAAAAAUUUCCCCCACGGUGACGGAAGGAAAAGUCCCCGUUGUGACAAAAGAGGAGGUUGUUGAGCAGGCUGCCCCUUCGGUGACAGAGGAGAUCGUAAGUGUCUCUAAGGAGCAAGAAGUCCCUGUUGUGGCAGAAGAGAAGAAGGUUGUUGAAAAGAUUCACCCUACGAUGACAGAAGGAAAAGUCCCGGUAGUCCCUCAACGGGAGGUUCUUGGAAUAGUUGCCCCUUCACCGACAGAAGAAAAAGUUCCUGUUGUGACACAAGAAAGGGCUAUUGAACAGGCUGCCCCUCCGGCGACAAACGAGAUUGUCACUGUUUCUAAAGAGAAAGAAGAAGUCCCUGUUGUAACAGAGGAAAAGGUUCCCGUUGUGACAAAUGAGACAGUUGUUGAAAAGAUUCAUCCUACGGUGACAGAAGGAAAAGUCCCGGUAGUCCCUCAACAGGAGGUUGUUGAAAAAGUUGCCCCAUCGCCGACAGAAGAAAAAGUUCCUGUUGUGACACAAGAAAGGGCUGUUGAGCAGAAUGCCCCACAAGAAAGGGUUAUUGAACAGGCUGCCCCUACGGCGACAGAAGAGAUUGUCACUGUUUCUAAAGAGAAAGAAGAAGUCCCUGUUGUUGUAACAGAGGAAAAGGUUCCCGAUGUGACAAAUGAGACAGUUAUUGAAAAGAUUACUCCUUCCGUAACAGAAGAAAAAGAUGUCAAUCAACGGAAGGUUGUUUCUUACGAAGAUGCUACAGAAAAUCAGGAAAAUCAAGUUACUGGAGAUGAGGAAACGGACAAAGCUGAAUUGAAGUUUAUCGUCACCAUACAAGAGAGAAUAGUCCGUGAACAGACAAUCUCGAUCAUACCCGUGAUGGACAAGGGCGCCAACAAAAGAGCGAAUGGAAAAUUGGUGAAAAAAGCAAUGAAAAGAGUAGCGAUGAAGGUGGCCCGUGCUGUGCUUGAAGAACUAUCCAGGGAACACAACACAGAUGGCGAGGGACAGUAGCAGCAGAAGCUGUAACCAGUGUGAGGGGAUAGGCUGCCACUUUCCACCAAACCGACAGUCACCACCACCAAAAUGUCCCCUCAGCACCCAGCUGCUUGCGAUGGGAUCCCAAAACUAAAUUCCCUAAGAAAGUGUUCCGUAUUUACUUGUCUUUUCUUAUUCCGUGUCUAUCUAUCUUAC